GAAGGUUUUACGGGACGGUCUAAACUGGUUCAUGGCCUUUGCUAGAGCCGCAGUUUGCUCUCCAUCCCUCGGUAGCCUGAUUGUGCCUAAUUAGGCAAGGCGGGGAUGGGUUCGUGGCUGGAGGCCUGUUUUGUAGGGAGGCGGGGAAAGCACUAAACAAAACAAUCCCGUUUCUACCAGAGGAUGCGGCGGGGCUCGUUAAAGUGGGAACAAGAUGGAGACGCUGCCGCUCUUCGGUGGCUUGUAGAUGUCGAGGUUUUAAGGAGUGAUAUGCAUUAAGAGGGAAGGAAGCUCUUAAUGUUCAAGGACGUGGUUAUCUGGCUUUAAUUUGACCCAGGGCUGAACCCCAGAACCUGUUUUAAGCCCCUUCCUUAGGCGCAAGUGGUUCAACUUUUUUUUAAAGAGUCCCUUUCUGUUGAGCGCAGGUAUAAGUUAAUACAAUUAUCUUGUUCUGGAUUUAUUGAUUGCGUUUUAAUCCAACCCUUUUCCACCGGAGAAGGAAGGACUUCCAGAGCAAAGAAAGGGCAUAACUUCUAGGGAGCUCUAAGGCCCGGCAGCUUUCAUUUUUGAACGGUAUGGACCGUAAUCCAUCACCCCCCUCUAGUGAUGCAGAGGAUGAAGCAACAAUUGCUGGGGACUCAAUUGGAAACACAGUCUACAGCAAGCAUUGGCUAUUCAGUGUCCUGACAAAGCUCAUUGAGGUUGUUAGCCCUGAAAAGGAUGAUUCUGAGUUAAACAAUGUGGAUGUUCAGGUUGACCUAGAUGAAGAUUUGGAGAGCGACAUUUGCAAAAUUUGGGAUAUGUCAAUGGAUAAGGAUGUUGCUUUAUUUCUUCAAGAAUUUAAUGCUCCUGAUAUAUUUAUGGGCAUUUUUGCCAAAUCAAAGUGUCCUCGGCUUAUUGAAAUCUGUGUUGGAAUACUAGGUAAUAUGGCUUGUUGUCAAACCAUAUGUAUGGCCAUUAGUAAAGAUGAGAACCUUGGGCAGUUGAUAUUGCAGCGUUUGUGUGAUUCAGAUUCCCCGACUCUGCUUGAAACAAGCAGAUUGUUGCUGACUUGCCUCUGCCAUCCUGAGGCUGCCAAUCUUUGGGUGGAAAGAAUCCGAGGAAGUCCAUCCGUGUAUGACUGUCUCUGUUUUAUCAUGUCUAGCUCUACAAAUGUGGAGUUGCUUGUCAAAGUAGGUGAAGUCAUCGAUAAGGUAUUUGAUCUGGAUGAAGAGCUAAUGCUAAACUGGAUUAAAAAUGGCUCUCAUCAAGCAGCAGGGCAGCCUACAGAUGAUUCUCCAGAAGAUUUCCCAGAUUUUAAGAUUGUGCCUUGCCUUCUUGAAGCUGCAAAACAAGUCUGCUUAGAUAACAAUGCAGAAGGACUUGAUGUUUAUAUGCAUAUCCUGCAGCUGCUCACUACUGUAGAUGAAGGCAUUCAAGCUAUUGUACAGACUCCAGAUGGUGGAAAAGAAACUUGGAAUUUGCUGUAUGGUCUUUUUUGUAAUGAACUUUGCCAGCCAGAUGACCCACCAAUUAUUGUUCAAGAGCAGAAGACAGUAUUGGCUUCUAUUUUGUCUGUGCUAUCAGCCAUCUACUCUUCACAGAUGGAAAAGGAAUAUGUCAAGAUAGGAAAAAAUAUGCCUCUGAUUGGCUGUUUGAUUAGAGUGUUACAAAACAUGGAGGAAUGUGGAAAGACAUCCAGAGACAGCUCUGAAGAGCCAAAGUCUGAGGAGUCUGUGGAAGAUUUCCAUUUAAAAAUCUUGAAGGACAUUUGUUGUGAGCUACUCUCCAAUAUAUUUCAAGAACUAUCUAAGGAAAAUGUUUUGGAAGGGCUCAAGCAAGGCCAUCUAAAUGAACAGAAAUGUUCCUGUGCAUUUCACAAUCUUCUCCCUUUUUAUUUCACUUCGGUGGAGAUCUUUUUAGAAGUGCUGCGUGAAGCUGAUCCAUCUCUUGCUGAUACUGUAGAAAAAAGCUUCCCUAGCUUGAGACUCAAAACAUAGGAACAACUGAAAUAUAUUUUCUCUCAGACAGACUGCAAUUUAUUUCAUCCCCCUUUUUUAAACACAGCAGCAUGUAUACGCCGCCCUGAGCCCUUUCGGGAAUGGGUGGCCUAAAAGUCCAAUAAUAAAUAUAUGUAAGGAUUUCAGAAGGAAUCACACUUGCAUUCCUUAAACAUCUCUUCAAGGAAAACUUUUUUACAGUUCUUCAGUUCAUUUUGCUACCCUAUCCACUACCUGCUUUAUUUAUUUGAUUUGAUAUCCAACUCUCCCCACCAGUUGGGCUCAUUACCAUUGAAAAUAAGGAGAGAGUGGACUUCUUGUUGGCUGUGUGGUUUCAGUCAGCUAGAGGUUGUGUGGCCGGCAUGAAGAUGUCAUAAAGCUGAUCAGAUUUGUCUACAUGCCAACUGGUAGCACAGUGGGAUAAGCAGAGUUAUCAGAAGAAGAGGGCUGUUGUUCAUGAAGGCUUAUGGCAUAAUACAUUAGUCGAAGGUGUUGCUGGAUUCUGUUAUCUCAGUCCAGUUUAAAUUGAAUGUACAUCAGAUUGUAAGUUCCAUUUAUCUUCCUAACAUUUUUCCCAUUUACUUCCAGGUGACAAUUAUCUAGAAAAAAGUAAUGCCAUUCACAUAGAAAAUAUAUGAACUUAUAUGUGCAUUUUGGUGCGUAUCCCAUUCAAGCCAUGGUUCCUGGCACAGCAAGUGAAAGGCACGCUGAAGUCUGUUUCUGCAGAUGAACAUUCCUUGAAUCGAAACACCCAGCGUGGUGCACUGCACUGGGAUUUUCAUGGAAUGGCGGCGCAAGGCAGGAGUUCUGGCCUGAGUUAUUCUACCGUAGGCCAGUGGAAUUCCUCCAGAAGCAUGAUCUUGCACAGACCAUUAGGGCAUGGGAGGUGACAGCAUUGCUUAGAAAGCUGUUUUGCCUAUUUGUGAUCACUAGGGAGAAAGCUUUUCAAUGGAGGCUUUGGAAUUAAAAUAAAUACCUGGACUGAAAGAUUCUUAAUAGUAAA